AUGAACGGACUCCAGUGGAAGCUUGAGCUGACUCUUUCCAAUUGUGUUACCAACGAAGGCAUACGACAAGAACUUGAAAUUAUACCAAUUACAAAGAAAACGAGGGAAGCACGGCUCAGGUGGCCUCCUAGGCGGGUCUACUCAGAAAUUGCAGCCUCUCUUUUUAGAAUCCCCGUUGCACCCCUUUGCAAAUCUGCGCGCCAGCCGCCCUUCCUCGCUUUCUGCAGCCUCCUCCUGCGCGCGUCUACUCGCAGGAAAAACCCCUGUCGCAUUCCACCGGCGGGGCUGCCAAGGGAGCAUGCCUGGGAUGCCGGGCCCGCAAACACAGAGGCAGCAGCAGCAGCAGCGUCUCCGACUCGGAUUUCUGCCACGCCACGCCUCUCCAGCAAAGCAGCCGCCCGCGCCGGGUUUGGCUCCGGCCUCUUUUGUUUGGGUUGGGGCAGUUUGGAGGGGAAGCCGGCCGGCCAUCAGAGGAGGCAGCCCGCCGCCGCCGCCGCCUUUUUGGAACUCCGCUUCGAAACAGCUGCGCUUGGCUCCUGCUUUUGGCAAUGGCGAGGUGACGAGAGAGCGAGGCGGCCAGAUGUCUUCCAGGAGUCUCGGCCGCGCUGGCAGGCGCUCAGGCCGAGGAAAGCCCCCUCGAGCCGGCAUGCAUGGGUCAGCGGUGCCAGCCCCCCAAGCCAGCGCGCUUCCAACGCGCGGCUCCCGCCUGGAAAGUCCGCAACAAGCCGCCGCGCUUUGGCCGUGGGAGGAAAAGCAAAGGGGGCAGCGCCAACUAGCGGUCGCGGAGGGAAAUGUCCCGGAUUUGUCUCCACGGUAGGCGAGGAAGCUCGAGCAAGAUAACACCAGUGUAGCUGAUGAUGAAGUACAAUGGCAGUAAUCGGGAAGCAAACUGCAGGUAGUUUGGUAAGAUUUCUAAAUGCUGUGUCCAGAAAACCCAAGAUCUUUGGAACUUCUACACUUCCUAUUGUGCUAAAAAUAAAGUUUCAGGAAAAGUU